AUGGCCCACCCGAUGUCCCUCCGAGACCGCCAGGUCGCUUCUAUUCAAAAGCUUCUCAAUUUGAACCAUGACCCUCGUCCGGCAGAUGAUGCUUCGCAUGACUCCGCCCACGGUGGUCUGAUCUCCCAUUCCACCCCCAUCUUGAAUGAAGAUGGCGACCCUAUCUGGAAGGUCCUGGUCUUUGACGGUAUGGGCCGCGAUGUCAUCAGCAGCGUGCUGCGGGUCAAUGACCUCCGCGCAUGGGGAAUCACCAUCCAUUUGAGCCUUAAUUCGCAAAGAUAUCCCAUUCCCGACGUCCCCGUUGUCUACUUGGUGGAACCGAACCCUGCCAAUAUCCAAGCUAUCACGCGCGAUCUCUCCCAAGGCCUCUACUCCCCGGCCUACGUGAACUUCCUCUCCUCCGUUCCCCGCCCCCUUCUCGAGGAUUUUGCUUCUCAAAUAGCCGCCUCCGGUGCAUCAGAGAACAUUGCUCAGGUCUUUGAUCAAUAUCUCAACUUCAUUGUGGCGGAGCCGGAUCUCUUCAGCUUGGGGCUUGGAAAUGAUGCCUACUACAAGAUCAACAGCCCGAAAACGAGCGACGAGGAUCUAGAUGCAAUUGUGGAUAAGGUAGUGAGCGGUCUGUUCAGCGUGAGCGUCACAAUGGGUACUAUUCCUAUCAUUCGCUGCCCAAAGGGUGGAGCCGCGGAAUUGAUCGCAACCAAGCUGGACCGAAAACUGCGCGACCACAUCCUCAACUCCAAGGACAACCUCUUCUCGGGCAACCAAAAGUCCUUGCCUGGGGUCCCCUCGGCUCGACCUGUAUUGAUCAUUAUGGACCGGAAUGUCGACCUGGUCCCCAUGCUCUCGCACUCCUGGACGUAUCAGUCCCUCGUGCAAGACGUACUUCAGAUGCGCUUGAAUCGUAUUACUUUGGACACGGACGAGCAGGACUCGGGCAAGGUCACCAAGAAGUCAUACGACUUGAACAGCAGCGACUUCUUCUGGCAACGCAACGCUGGAGCGCCGUUCCCUCAGGUUGCCGAGGAUAUCGAUGCCGAGCUGACACGGUACAAGGAGGAUGCAAACGAAAUUACAAAGAAAACAGGGGCCUCCUCGAUCGAAGAUCUCCAGAACGAUACUAGCGCCUCCGCGCAGCACUUGAAGGCUGCCAUCACUCUGCUCCCGGAGUUGCGGGAGCGCAAAUCGGUUCUUGAUAUGCACAUGAACAUCGCCACCGCCCUGCUGAAGGGCAUCAAAGACCGCCAGUUGGACAACUUCUUCGAGCUGGAAGAAAACAUUGUCAAACAGUCCAAGGCACAGCUACUAGAGCUUAUCAAUGAUCCUGCCAAGGGUAGCAACCCGCAGGACAAGCUCCGCAUUUUCAUCAUCUGGUUCCUCAGCACAGAGGCUGAGCUGAACCGCACUGAGAUGACUCAGUUUGAAGAGGCCCUUACCAAGGCCGGUGUCCCAGAUGUCACCCCUCUUGCCUACGUGCGCCAGGUCCGCGAGAUCACCCGUAUGACCAUGAUGACCACAGCGGCUCCGGAGCAGCAAUCCUCUGACAUCUUCCGCGGUUUCUCCUCGCUCUCCAACCGUCUCACCGACCGAAUCACCUCCGGUGCCCUGGGCGCCAACUUUGACUCUCUCAUCUCCGGUGUCAAGAACUUCCUACCGGCAAACAAGGAUCUAACCGUGACCAAGAUUACCGAAUCUAUCAUGGAUCCCUCUGCCGCAUCUAGCUCCGCUAUUGCAAAGACAGAGAACUAUCUUUACUUUGACCCCCGCAGCGCGAACGCGCGCGGCGCCAUGCCUCCCGCUUCUGCCUCGCGGAACCAACAGAUGCCCGGCACCAUAGGCAGCACAGGCCCCGGCACCGGCGCGAGCUUCGGACAGCGCCGCCAGGCCUUCAAUGAGGCCAUCGUCUUCACAGUCGGCGGUGGUAGCAUGGACGAGUAUGGUAAUUUGCAAGAUUGGGUGCACCGGACGAGCGGCCAGACUGGCCCCGAUGGCAACCCACAGGCCAACCGCGUACCGGCUGGUGGCCGCCGCCGAGUCGUAUACGGCAGUACGGACUUGAUGAAUGCUAGUGAAUUUUUGUCGGACUCUUUGGCGCCACUGGGUCGGGAGAGUUGA